UUAAAUUGAAAGCUAGCUGGUCUUCCCGUUAAAUUCCCUCAAGAAAUUCCACAUUCCCUUUUUUAACCUUAUAUAUUUUACCCAAAGUAAAUAAAUUGGUAGUAUUUCUCAUCUUCUCGUUGGUCAUCUAUACGACCACAAAAGACUGAAAGAAAAAAAAAUAAAAUUAUGGGGUUGAAGAAUUGAGAAUUUUAAGCACCCCCAAAAUGAAAUUAACCCUUUAAAUUAAAAUAUCUAUGGUCCAAGUAUUAUUCUACAAUAAUCUUUAUUUGGGUCAAGAAAUUAUGGUUCAUUCUAAAAUUAGAAGAGACCAUUUACUUAGUGGAUUUACAUGGAUGGUUCAAAGUUCACCUUCUUGUACACACAUUAAUGGGGUGAAAAAGCUUAAAGGACUUAGAUAUAGGAAUAUUUCAUCUCAAAUUGUGGGGAAGUUCAGUCAAAAUGGUCAAGAUAUCUCACAAGAGUUCCAGCUUCCAUCCGCAUAUGAAUCUGCCAUGGAAGCUCUUUCAACUCUCAUUACUCAGAAAAAAAGAAAUGGUACAUCAGCCAUUAGUGGUCAAAACCAGAAAUUGGACAGAAUUUUGAGGUACAUUAAGAUUUUGGGCUUGGAAGAAAAGAUAGCUGGCCUUAAGAUUAUCCAUGUUGCUGGAACUAAAGGAAAGGGUUCAACAUGUGCAUUCUGUGAAGCAAUUUUACGGGAGUGUGGUUUGAGAACAGGACUUUUCACUUCGCCGCAUUUGAUCGAUGUUAGAGAAAGAUACCGUCUUGAUGGGAUGGACAUAUGCCAGGAAAAGUUUCUUCAAUACUUUUGGGAUUGUUGGAAUCAGCUCAAGGCAAACAUCUCUGAAGACUUGCCUAUGCCUCCUCUCUUCCAGUUCCUUACCGUGUUGGCUUUUAAAAUUUUUGUGAGCGAGAAGGUUGAUGUUGCCAUCAUUGAAGUUGGUCUCGGAGGAAAACUGGAUUCUACGAAUGUGAUUAAGGAACCUGUUGUCUGUGGUAUUACUUCUCUGGGUAUGGAUCACAUGGAAACUUUAGGAGAUACACUAGGCCAGAUUGCUUCUCACAAGGCUGGAAUUCUUAAGCCUCAAAUUCCUGCAUUCAGUGUACCGCAACUUUCUGAAGCAAUGGAAGUUCUUCAAGAAAGGGCCAAUGAGUUGACGAUUCCGCUGGAAGUUGUCGCACCGCUAACCGUGGAAAAGUUAAAUGGGACAAGGCUAAGCUUGUCUGGUGAUCACCAGCUCAGUAAUGCUGCCCUUGCUGUAUCCCUUUGUAAAAGUUGGCUUAGAAGAACAGGAAACUGGAAAAGUCUGUUUGAAGAUGUUGGUACUCUCUUUACUCUUUACUCUGUAUUACUCUGUGCAUAUGGGAAUCACAUUUUAACAUCUCCACCAGUACUAAUGUUCAUGAUUUUUUCCAGUCAAGUGUUAAUAUUCGUAAAGCCUGUGUGUUGUUUUUGAAUUUUAAAUGCGAUG